AUUUUCUUUAAAAAUAAUGUCGACCUAAAAAUCAUAAAUCUAAGUGGAGUACAUUUCAUACUAAUUCUAAGAUAAAAAUUACCAGAAAAUAUUGCCAAAAGAUAAUCGAGAGACUCUAAAUUGAAAGCACUCAUUGCCAAACGAAGAGUUGACAGACUCGCUGCCAAUAAGUAAGCAAGAGCAUCAUGGGAAAAGAAUGCUCAGGCCUACGAAGCAGAAUAUAAGGCAACGGAUAAAAGUUUAGUUGAUAAUAUACGCAAGGCUAAGGCUGAUGGUGGUUUCUAUGUACCAGCAGAAGCCAAGUUGAUGCUUGUUAUUAGAAUCAGAGGGUAUUAAUUGCGUAUAUUUUAAGUAUCAACACGUUAAACCCAUAAGUCAGACAAACUCUUAGACUUCUUAAAUUGAGAUAACUUCAUAAUGCUGCUUUUGUCAGAAUCAACAAAGCCACCAUUGAAAUGAUUAGAAAGGUUGAACCCUACAUCACUUAUGGAUACCCAUCAAGAACUUUAAUAAAGAACUUGAUUUACAAGAGAGGCUAUGCUAAAAUAAAUGGGUAAAGAAUUCCUUUGACUUCUAACAACAUCAUUGAAGAGCAAUUAGGAAAAUCUGAAAUUCACAGUGUUGAGGAUCUCAUUCAUGAAAUCACAACAGUUGGACCACACUUCAAAGAAGCCAACAGAUUUUUAUGGUACAAUAUUAAAUAAACAAUUUCAAUAGGGCUUUCAAAUUAAGAGGACCAAGAGGAGGAUUCAUAGCUAAAAGAAGAUCAUUUAUUAAUUAAGGUGAUUGGGGAAAUAGAGAAGAUCUCAUAAAUGAUUUAGCCAAGAGAAUGAUCUGACAUAGUUCUAUGAAAGUACAG